AUGGCCCAUAAAAGCCAAACUGGUGGAAUUGAGACAAAGGCAUCGCUUUCCUCCAUCCUCUUUUGUACAGGUGAUUUAAAGGAAGGACCUCUGCAGCGGGUAAAAGAACCCCUCAAUGGCCAGGUGCUCAUGGUGCUCAGCAUGGACAACAACUGCUCGGCCACCUCCUUUGACAUGGAGCUUUGUGCAGAGAAACUGAAGUCCCUUGGGGUUCAGGUGGCAGCGGAUCGGUGGAGAAGGUUAAUCCAGGAUGCUGUCCUCAAGCCUGAAGUGAGACGGUACAUGUUCUACAACUCCAGGGCAUUCCAGAUGGCUAUCGCUGUGGUUUUCUACAUGGCUCUCUGGACAAACAUUUACUCCACAGUCCAGCUGUGUUCCUUCGGACGCUACUGGGAGGCCAGCGUGCUGGUGACCCUGGCUGCCGUGGCAGUCACUGUAGUCGUGAUACUGGUUAUCGACCGUCGCCAGCGGAAGAUAAAUAUGAAUACAGACGUGAGGCUGGCAGCUGUCAAUGAAAUCUUUAUCAAACACAGUUUAAUUCUGGGGAUUACAGAUGUCCUGGAUGGGCCACACAACAUCCUACAACUGUGGUUCGUGCACUUCAGGCCGGAGCGCUGCCUCCAGUCCUUGUCAGCCCACCUCAAGGACCUGCAGAGGACACGAGAGUCGGGCUUGCGGCACAGCCUGGACCAGCUCUGUGUGGUUAUGGAGGCAGUGGUUCAGCCUGAGCCGGGGACGCAGGAGGAGGCUUCGCGUGAAGAGUCCCCUCUUUUAGCCAGUGGGGUGAACCUAAAUAAAGAGCCUGUGACGUGCAACGAGCUGCUCCACCUCGUUCCCGAGGGCCCACCAGAGGUGAUGGCCCACCAGCUCCUGGUGAUCUUCAGCAGCUGCUACGUCCGGCUCCUGGUCACCGGCCGGCUCCCUCGGGCCGGGGCGGGGGGGCACCUGGAGCAGGGCAGCGUGCCCUGCCUCUGCCAGUUCAUCGAGACCACCGCGCUCGACGCACAGCAGAGCUGGUUCACGGGCAGGUGA